AUGACACGUAUCCUCCCUCUGCUUUUGAUAAAUCAGUUCGUUUCCUUCUUCUAUUUCAUAGGAUUCUGGCCCACCCUCAGAGAACUGAAAGGGAAGCUUUUCUUCAGCAUUUACUACUCACUAUUUUUCGUGUCGUUGGUCGCCGGAGCAAUUGGAAAUGAAAACGAAGAUACUAGGAUAUUUCUAACGGAAAUAGCAGUCGGAGUUGCCGUCUUGACCGUUAAAUUUUUGAUUUUUAUUUGGAAACAAAAUCGAAUCCUUCAUUUGUUGAAUAGAAUUUGUGUUUGUUCGAUUCAAGAUGACGAGGACUUAGCGGUUUACAACAGAAAAUUGAGCGGACUCAUCCGAAUUUCGAUUUUAAUUACAAUUGCUUCACUAGGCUGUGCCAUUGAGAUGGGAGUAGUACCGCUUUUUAGGAGUGAAAAAGCUCUUAUUAUGGAGGUCGGAUUUCCUUUAGAUUACAGAAACAGCGAAAUUGCCUUCUACAUUGCGGACAUUUUUGUUUUAACGGAAGUUCUUAUAUGCCUCUCAACCUUACUGUGUUCAGUAAUAAUUUGGUAUUUAUUGUUAUCGUGUUCAUUGAGAUACGAGGUUUUGGGAAGUGAAAUGAAGAAAAUGGGUCGAAUUAACGCAGCAACAGAAGGAAAUAACCCGUCGAAGAUACAAGCGCAAAAGAUUUUCUUUCAGGAUCUGAAGUCGUCGAUCGAUUCACAUUUACGAAUAACGGAACUGACGAUGGAUCUGGAGUCGUUUUUCUCGAUGUUCUUCUUACUGCAAUUUGCCACCAGCGGCCUAUGUAUUUGCGGAUCAGUUUACUGUCUGGCAUUUGAUGUGGGUGAUGAUUGGUUCGAACGCUCCAUUCAUCUUACCAUGGUGUGCUACUACAUUUCCGAAUUAUUUAUGAUCACGUACUUUGGAAAUGAAAUUAUGCUGACCAGUGACCGACUAUCCUAUAGUUUGUUUGAAUCGGACUGGACCGGUCAGCCACAAGCAGUGAAAAUGAGUAUCAUCAUUUUCGGCGAGUACUUAAAGCAACCGCAUGUGUUUGUUAUUGGCAAAUUGUAUUCCUUAACCUUGGAGACGUUCACUCAGAUUCUAAAUUCAGCCUACAGCAUGUUCAACAUUUUGAAGAACUUACACAACUAA